ACUGGCGAUGAUAAGGUGUCAAGUUAUCAGUGUGCGGUCUCUGUGUUUAUUUUUGUUACGAUAAGGUUAUGUUAUUCAAUAAAUAGUGAAUAUUUUGGUUGGUUUCGAUAGACACUUCCCAAAUAUUAUAAAUACGAUAUUUAACUGUAUUAAUGCCCAGUAGUCUUUUUAACCUUAUAGUGGGUGGUUUAAUACGAAAAAUGAAGUUUUGUGCUAAUCUUUCUUUUAUGUUUACGGAAGGAAAGACUAUAUUAGAGAGAUAUGCUUUGGCAAAGGACGCUGGUUUUAAAGCGGUUGAAAGCGGAUUCCCAUUAGGUCAUACGCUUGAAGAAGUUAGAGCAGCUAAGGAAAGUGCUGGAGUUCAACAAAUAUUGAUAAACCUUAAAACAGGAGAUCUAAGUAAAGGCGAGUUGGGUGUAACUGCAAUACCUGACAAAGAAGCCAUUUUUAGAGAAAACCUAAGAGAGACAAUCAACUAUGCAAAGGCUGUGGGUGCAAGAAAAUUACACAUUAUGGCUGGAAGGUUAGAAAAUGCUACUGCUAAAAAUUGGGAAAUCUUUGAGAAUAAUUUAAGAUAUGCUGCAGAAGAACUGAAGAAAGAAAAUAUUGUUGGUGUAAUAGAACCAAUCAAUCAAUAUUCUGUGCCUAAAUAUUUCUUAAGUGAUUUUGAUAGAGCUGUUGAUUUGAUAAAGCGGAUUAAUAGUCCAUAUAUAAGGCUGCAAUUGGACAUCUUUCACUUGCAGCAUAUUGCGGGUGAUUUGACGUACAAUAUCAAGAAACUAAUGCCUUAUGUUGGUCAUGUUCAGAUAGCACAAGUACCAAAUCGCAAUGAACCAGAUUCAGCUGGAGAAGUGAACUAUGAAUAUAUACUGCAAGUCAUCAGGGAAGCUGGCUAUGAUGACUGGGUUGGUUUAGAAUAUAAACCACUGGGAAAUACUAAAGCUGGUUUAAAGUGGAUACAGAAUUAUGGUUAUAGCUUAUGAUGUUAAUGAUUGGUUGAAUAAACAGUUAUUAACUCUUCAAAA